AUGGGCAAAGCGAAACGAACGACGGGUACCACCAAGGUUGGCGAGCAUCUUUGGGGUGUUCUCAGGAGCAUCUUCCUGCUGGGCUUGGCCGGGGGUUCCGUGUUUUUGUUGGCCAAAACGUCUCCAGACAGUAAUGGGAAAUCCAUUGGUGCUUCCCUGCGUCAGAGACAGGUGAAAGAGGGAAAUGACGAUAAAGGGAGAACCUUCAAGCUGAAUCUGGCAAACCUCAAGGAUGGGUCAGCUGGUGAAGUUGUGAUUCAGACGCAUCCUGAAUGGGCACCGCUGGGAGCUGCUCAUUUUCAUUCUCUCAUGGAUCAAGGAUUCUACAAGGAUACAAAAUUCUUUCGAGUGGUUCCAAAUUUCAUGGUACAAUGGGGAAUUUCUGGCGAUCCCAAAAAGACUCGUGGCACCAACAAACCAAUUCGCGAUGAUCCUGUCGAAGUAUCCAACAAGAGGGGGUCCAUUUCAUUUGCUACAGCCGGACCAAAUACACGGACAACACAGCUGUUUGUGAAUACACGAAAGAAUGGCAAUGCAUUUCUGGAUAAUCAAGGAUUUAGUCCCUUUGCGGAGGUGAUCAGUGGCAUGGAAUAUGUUGGUAAGUCCUUGUCAUCCACUUGGAAAAAAUCCCCAACCAGUCCAAGUCAUGCUAACAAUCUUCAAUAUCUCAAUGUAUCGAUCUCUGCUGCGCUUGACACUGCAGACGCUAUUCAGGACGUUUACGGUGAGGAUCCAUCACAAGGAAACAUAGAGGUGGAAGGAAACAAAUAUCUGGAUAAGCACUAUCCCAAGCUUUCUUACAUUGCAGAUAUUGCUGCCUUGGAACAAGCCGAUGGAACAGAGAAAGACGGGAACAACUAG